AAAAGUUCACAAAUUCUUCAAACUUCAACGACUUCCAUCUAAAGAGCGAGACGAGAAAAUGGCAUUGCCAAGGUUUGUGGUGCUCAAAGCAACCUUCAACGACAAGUACUUGUGCUACACAAGUGAAGAUGGGCCGGAACAUGGGCUUCUCCGAUUCUCCGGAAAUGAGGCUUCCAGUCCCUACGCAAAGUUUGAAGUGGAGAUGGCAAAGACUAGUAGCAAUGGAAAGCAACUUGUGCAUAUAAGAUGUUGUUUCAACAACAAAUAUUUUGUAUUUAGGACGCCAGACGACUGGUGGAUUGCUGCUGGGGCUGACGAACCAGAGGAAGACCAAUCCAAAUGGUCUUGUACCUUAUUCGAGGUCCUCUACGUAGAUGGUGCUAUUCAUCCAACAAUUGAAAAUGCCGGUCAAACAAUUCGACUUUGCCAUGUCCAGAGGGGCCACUAUGCAUGCUUAUGGAAGGUACCACGCCCGUAG